UAUUGGUGUAAGCCAGCGUCAUCGUUUCAGCAACCAGGGUUGCGGUUUACUGAAAAAAAAGAAGCCAAACAUGUUUAUAGUCGGCUUAUUGAUUUCAUUGUUUGAAAGAAAGAAAACAACGAUUAUGGAUCAAUGGCAUUGUUGAUGACAACGUUGCAGUUGUAUUUCCUAAACUCUCUACAACUACAUCUAUAAGGCAGAAGAAACCUGUUGUAUCGGCAAAACGUGCUGGCUUUUUAGCCUGAACAGGGAAGGAAGCAUGAGGAAACAAAACCUAUUACUUUCCCUUCGCUUAAAGGAAAAUGAUGAAGGGAAACUAAUCUUACUUUCCGGACAUAUCGACGCUUUUAAACACAAAACCUAAUAAAUUUAACGUAAUGUCUACUCAAAAAAUUGGAGGCACGUCACUUCGAUUUGGUAGAGUUGGACUAAUGCAAGUAAUAUUAACACGAGCAGACUCUUCUUCCAAAUAUUUUAUAUUGGUGAUAUCAUGUGUUUACUCAUUUCUAGAAAGACGUACGUCGAAUGCAUGACAAUGCUUAUGCAUUAUUAAUUAUCAUAACAACAGCAGACGCGCCCUACUAAAACAUAGUAAGAACGGGCGGCUUAUUUUAUUUUAAUAUUGUAUGUCAAUUGCUGCUCAAUCGAUUCUGUGUUGUAUAUUUGAGAAGCUCUCCGAUCGCUUCCGUUAGUUUUCUUGUUGGAUUUUAUAUGAAGAAAAGCUGAGAGAUGCAGAAGAAUAAAUUACCUGUACACGAGAUGACAAGUUUUGCCUUCAUAACUGGCGCAAUUAUUUUUUUAAUUCAAUUUGCACCAAAUCAGUGCCAAGUGUCGCUAAGGUUACAAGGGCCAUCAAGUGGCAAUGGUGCUGGCCGGGUGGAAAUAUUACACAAAGGUAACUGGGGGACAAUCUGCGACGGUGGAUGGGAUAUGAAAGACGCUAAAGUCGCAUGUCAUCAACUUGGUUAUCAAGAUGUUGCAAGAACUCUUCAGAGGAACGAGGUUCCUUCUGGUUCUGGAAAUAUUUGGCUAGUUGCUCUUGAUUGUACUGGAGAUGAAGAAAAUAUUGCAAGCUGUUAUCAUAAUGGUUGGGGGAUUAAUUCCUGCUCUCAUUCUCAAGAUGCCGGAGUAGAAUGUUCUGCAACAGAUUUUUCAACUUCUCCAGUAAAAGUGCGGUUACAAGGACCAUUAAGUGCAAAUGGUAUUGGUCGUGUUGAAGUAUUAUAUCAUGGAUAUUGGGGGACAAUCUGUGAUUAUGGUUGGGAUACGCAAGAUGCUAGAGUUGUAUGUCGUCAACUUGGUUAUAAUUUAGAUCAUGUACACAGUAGAACUCUUUAUAGAGACCUGGUCCCGUCUGGUUCUGGACAGAUAUGGUUAGCCCACGUAGCUUGUAAUGGAAAGGAAAAUAACAUUAGAAGUUGUUCUCAUAAUGGUUGGGGGGCUAUUAAUUAUUGUUCUCAUUCUUACGACGCCGGAGUUGAAUGUUCUAGCACAGAUUUGUCAGUUAUGCCUGUUUCCAUCCGGUUACAAGGACCGUUGAGUACAAAUGGUACUGGUCGUGUUGAAGUAUUUUUUAACGGACAAUGGGGGACAAUCUGUGAUUAUGGAUGGGAUUUAAGAAAUGCGAGAGUUGUAUGUCGUCAACUUGGUUAUAAAGACGCUGUCAGAACACUUCGAAGGGACACUUUUCCUUCAGGUUCAGGAAUUAUAUGGUUAUCUUACGUCGCUUGUAAUGGGGAAGAACAAAACAUCACAAGUUGUAACCACAGUCCUUGGGGAGAUCAUUAUUGUUCUCAUUACCGAGACGCUGGAGUGGAAUGUUCCACAACUGAUUUUGCAGAUGAGUCUAUAAGAAUAAGAUUGAAAGGACCAUUAAGUGCAAAUGGUACUGGUCUUGUUGAAGUAUUCUAUCAUGGUUAUUGGGGGAUAAUCUGUGAUUAUGGAUGGGAUAUGAGAGAUGCCAAAGUCGUAUGUCGUCAACUUGGUUAUGAUCUAGAUCAUACGUACGUUACGACAAUUCGUAGGCAUCGUGUUUUUUCUGGUUCUGGACCAGUAUGGUUAUCUCGCGUCUCUUGUACUGGCGAAGAACAAAAUUUAACAAGUUGUCCUCAUAGUGGUUGGGGAAACAAUCAUUGUCGUCACUAUCAAGACGUCGGAGUACAAUGUGCUACAAAAGAGGCUGUAUUGGUAAGGUUGCAAGGACCAUCAAGUUCAAAUGGUAUUGGUCGUGUUGAAGUAUUAUAUCGUGGGCAAUGGGGGACAAUUUGUCGUGAUAGAUGGGAUUCAAGAGAUGCUCAGGUUGUAUGUCGUCAACUUGGUUAUAAAGAUGGUGCCAGACCAUUUUAUGGUGGGCUUGUUCCUUCUGGUUCUGGACAAAUAUGGUUGGAUGAUGUUGAUUGCAAAGGAACAGAACGGACUAUAGCAAGUUGCUCUCAUGGAGGUUGGGGUCUUCAUAAUUGUGGACACCGAGAAGAUGCGGGAGUUGAAUGUAGUCCAACAGAUUCACCUGUUUCGGUCAGAUUACAAGGACCUUCAAAUGGAACAGGAACUGGUCGGGUUGAGGUAUUCUAUCAUGGUCAAUGGGGAACAAUUUGUUAUUAUGGAUGGGAUAUGAGAGACACUAGAGUUGUUUGUCGUCAACUUGGUUAUCCCGAUACCGUAAGAACUCUUCGAAGAAACGAGGUUCCCUCUGGUUCUGGACAGAUAUGGUUUUCCUUCGUCGCUUGUUCUGGAGAAGAACAAAAUAUAACAAGUUGCUCUUAUAGAAUGGGUUAUCCUGAUUGCUCGCAUUCUGCAGACGUUGGAGUAAAAUGUUCAAGAACAGCUAUAACUGCGUCAGUCAGGUUACAAGGACCAUUAAGUUACGAUGGUAUCGGUCGUGUCGAGGUAUUCUUCAACGGAACUUGGGGAACUAUCUGUGGUUAUGGAUGGGAUUUAAGAGAUGCCAGGGUGGUGUGUCGUCAACUCGGUUAUCAAAAUGUUGCUCGGGCCUUUUAUAUGAAUCAGGUUUCUUCUGGUUCUGGACAGAUAUGGUUACAAAAUCUCAAAUGUACUGGCUCAGAGCGUAAUAUUGCAAGUUGUGUUCAUAGAGGUUGGGGUGAUACUUAUUGCUCACAUUCAAGAGAUGUAGGAGUUGAAUGCAGUACAACAGAUUUUUCAGCUACGCCUGUGUCGCUAAGGUUGCGCGGACCUUUACGUGAGAAAGGAACAGGUCGUGUCGAAGUGUUCUAUCAUGGAUAUUGGGGUACAAUCUGUGAUAAUUCAUGGGAUUUAAAAGAAGCUAGGGUUGUAUGCCAUCAACUUGGUUAUCUGGAUGCUGUUAAAACUCUUCAAAGAAACGAAGUCCCCAAAGGUUCUGGGCAAGUCUGGUUACAUUAUGUCUAUUGCAAUGGCCAAGAGCACAAUAUAACAAGUUGCUCUCACAGUUCUUGGGGAGUUAAUCCUUGCACCCAUCUCAACGACGCUGGAGUUCAAUGUUCUACAACAGCCAUAACAGCGCCAAUAAGGUUACAAGGGCGAUCAAGUAAAGAAGGUACUGGUCGUGUUGAAGUAUUCUACAAUGGACAAUGGGGGACAAUUUGUGAUUCAGAAUGGGAUUUUAAAGAUGCUAGGGUUGUAUGUCGUCAACUUGGUUAUCCCGAUGCUGUCAAAACUCUUAAAAGGAACCAGUUGGUUUCUCCUGGCUCAGGAAAAAUAUGGCUAUCCGAUGUUGGUUGCACUGGGAAAGAACAAAAUAUUGCAAGUUGUACUCAUGGUGGUUGGGGGGAAGCUCCUAAUUGCUAUCAUUCUCUAGACGCCGGAGUUAAAUGUUCCAAGACAGUAAUAACUGCGUCACUCAGGCUACAAGGGCCACUUAGGGAAGAUGGUACUGGUCGUGUUGAGGUAUUCUACAAGGGACAAUGGGGAACAAUCUGUGACAAUCGAUGGGAUUUGCGAGAUGCCAGGGUUGUAUGCCGUCAGCUUGGUUACCACAACGUUGUGAGGACUCUUCCGAGGAGCGAGGUUAUCUCUGGUUCCGGACCGAUAUGGUUAGCUAACGUUUAUUGUACGGGAGAAGAACAAAAUAUUAACAGUUGUUUACAUGAUGGUUGGGGUGUCAGUUUUAGUCCGUGUUCUCAUGAUCGAGACGCCGGAGUAGAAUGUUCUCCGACAGAGAGGCCAAAUGUAACAGUCAAUUGUUCCAGUGUCAUCGUAGUAAAUCUUGGUGAUGAUAUAACAUGCUUGUGUGAAGGAAAAGGUGGAAAACCUCCAGCCAAUGUGACAUGGUAUAAAGAUGGCGUCCAGUUUGGUGACACAGAACAGGAGCAAAACGUGUUGAAUCUCAGUAAUGUCAGUGAAACAGAUAAUGGAACAUACACAUGUGUUGGAAAAAGCUACGCUCUCACGGAUGAGAAAUCAAUCGAGAUUGAUUUUAAUUACGAACAUUUAGACUCCAAAGGUACAAAGGACGAAAUGGAAUGGUAUAUUUCUUUCAUCAUCGCCAUGGCUGUAAUUAUUGUUGUAUUUUGUGUUGCAUAUGCUGUGGUGUAUUAUCGUCGACGAUGGUUAGAAAACAGAAAUGCUGGAUCGAGCACCGGUGUUCAUGAUACAAAUGCAGGUGAAAUUUACGAAGAGGUUAAUCUUAAAGAUUUGGCACGAAACCGCUACCAGUCACCAGGAGAUGCCGUAAAGGAUGAUUACUCAAGCUAUGCACAGUUAGAUAAAGUGAGAGAUGCAGAAAACACUUAUCAAAGUUUAAAAUAACUAUAGUUGCGAUAAUACGAUAAUGACAUGCGUCCAUGCAUGUAAGAUAUUUAUAAGUAGACUUGCUUAUCUGACAAUUUCCAGCAAAUAUUAUUAAAAAAAAUACAUUUACUAAAGUUAAGGGUGCUUAAUAGUAUUACGUAAUCAUCUAAACGGAAUGUGGCCUAUGGCCCAUCGCUCAUAUACAAUGCUGUUGGUAACUUCGUUAGAAAUAACUAGUCACAAAUAUUCGUUAUAAUUUUCAGUAACUGGAACGGUAACUCGUUUUUAUUUUUAAACAUGUAAGGUAGCGGUAUAACUAAUUAAAAAAGCAUUCAAAACUAAAACGAUUAUAUAUUACAAGUUGUAAUACG